GUCUGAUAUCGAACAAGUUCCUCUCGCAUCGACCAAACAGCCUUCCAGAGGGACGAUUUACGCUGCACAAGACAUUAAUGAGACCUUGAUGGAUAAUGAACAGACAUUAAAAGAUGAUUUCCGUAGAAAAACGCAAUAUGAUGGUCAAAUGGCAGUUGAAUCAAAUACCCAGCAACAUUCAAAAGGUGCCUAAAAUUUGUAGAAAAACGACAUACAAUGCAGAAGACAUGAACGAAACAAUGGCUGGUCAACAAAAACAAUCAAAUGUCCAAAGUAAUCUUAGAAAAACUGAACAUUUCGUGGAUGAAUCAAUGAAAAUUGAAUCGAACAAGACGAAUAGACAUCAAACAAUAUUAGUUCCCGUACCAAUAAACGAUUCAUUGGAGGACCAAAUGAUUCUUGAACCAAAAACCAACAAGUCUUCUAAAAUUAGAGGCACCAUUUAUGCUGCACAGGACAUGAAUGAAACCUUGGAAGCAAAAACAGUUGAAAAAGGUCAAAAAAUCAGACGACAAACCAAUAUUGCACCAAUUUCCAUGAACGAAUCCGAUAUAAAUUCAUCGAAUGUUGUAAAUGGUCACCCAUCAAAGUCAGCUAGAGGAACGAUUUAUGCUGCUCAAGAGAUCAAUGAAACGUUAAUUGAUGAAAACAUGAUGAUUGAACCCAAAAAUGAAGGUCAAGAAAGAAAACAAAGCAAAAAUUUAAGACCAACAAUCUAUUCAACUGAAGACAUCAAUGAAACGUUGACCGAUGAAGAAAAUUCUAAAAAGAAUCUGUUCUCAAAUAAACGUCCAACAAGCACAGAAACAAUUAGCAUGACGGAAUCCGAUAUGGAAACAACGCAAAAUUUAGUUCUACAAGCUGCAGCUCUCACUAAUAUCCCACCCCGACUGAGCAGAGGAACAAUUUAUGCUCCCAAAGAAAUUGAUGAUACAUUGCACGAAGACGAGAAACCCGAAAAAACCCAAGAAUUAUCGAAAAACGCACUAAAACGGAACAGACGAGUAACAACAGUGGAAAAUUUAAGUAUGAAUCUUUCGUCUUUGAAUGUGACACCACCUAGCAACAUCCCGCGAAAGAAGGAACGAAGAGAAUCUCCCUUCCAUCGAGACAGUGUUCCCUAUUCUGAUGCAGAUUUAACUCUAGGUAAUUUGUCUCUAGCUCCAAAUGCACAUUCGACACAUCAUGGAGCUCGAAUUCAGCAAGACAUGAAUUUAACAAAAGGCUCCACACAAAAAUCCGGACGUACUCCAAGCAAAAUACCAGUACCAGCUAGAAUGAAAUUGGAACCAAAACUCACGCAAGGCACUGAUCGAAAGAUUACGUUUGAUAAGAGUAUCGAAAUUGAGAAAUCUCGUCCAAAAGAAGACAUUUGUGACUCGGAUGACAUGGAAGAAACACUUGUUGCGGAAAAAAGUGCCAUGGAAGAGCCCAAAAUUGAUGUCAACGAAGAAAAAUUUGAUCAACCAGAUUCAUUGAGGCGACAAACAGUGGCAAAUCCAAUGAACAGUAUUCGUUACAGCAACAUUCAAAUGGCAGAAUUAUCGACAAGACGCUUCAAAGACCUCACCAUUCAGGAUAACGAACUUUUGGACAAAGAAUCUGAUAUAAAUCUCACCUUAAGUUCUACCUUAACAGAGCCAAUCAAGAGCAACAACGCAUCUGUCUAUCAACCGUGCUCAUAUGCAAACAUCACGCUAGAAAAAGUUGUGUCGCCACAAGUGUCAAUAAAUCCCGUGCUCAUCGAUUCAUGCGUUUGUUCGGACACCUCGAUGCAGGAAAACUCAUUUUCCGUGUCGAAAAUCGCCGGAAUCAGUCCAAAUGUCUCCGUUCGCAUGAGCCUCGGGAACGAAGUAGUUGAACAAAUACGUCAAAGGGUAUUAAAGCAAUCACCGUUAUAUUGUAAAAAUUGUAAAUGCAUGUCAGAGUCACGAGUUAAUCAAUCUGCUUUCAAUUCUGCAACGUCUUCAGCCGCUCCAUUGAUUGAUUGGACACGAUUUCCUCAAGUCCAACACAAAAAUAAAUCGAUUGAUCAAAUGGAGAAAGACUUUCUUCAGGCUUAUCAAUCGACUGAUAACAAAAUUAAGCAAUAUCCGGAAAUUCCACCGUUCGUAUUUUUAAUGAAAAACUUAAAAGAAAGUUUGAAUGAACAACUUAAAGAGUUUGAAGAAGAACUUUUAUCGACUGAUGACCGGAUUCCUGCUCCAUUCCCUUCUGACAAACCUUUUGAAUUUUUGAUCAAAAAUAAGUUGGAAAGUGAAAACUUACCGUGGAAAGUUACUAGAUCAUUGCAUGCACCAAUUGGAAAAUUCCAGCUGAGAAAUAACAAAUUGAAGUCAGUUCUUCUGCAUUUUGAGAUCGAACCAAAUUCAUUAAAAUCAAAAGAAAUGUUUGUGUAUCAAUCUGUGAAGUUCAUUAAGAAUAUUUUACAUCCUCCAUCAUCACCUUUUUCUGCUGUUUUAUUCGAUACCUUUACAAAAAUAGUACCAAUUGAAACGUCAUUGCUAUUUAUGUGCCAAAAUUCAAAUAGUUUAUUUGAAUUCCUAGCGAAAAUGGAUGAAACAAUCUCACAAAUUCAUGCUAACGUUGCACGAUUGUUUUCUAUCCUCACUGACAACAAAGCCAAUGUCUACAUAGAAAACUCAAAAUUGGUUGCAAAAGUCUCCGUUAUCGAUGAUGGAUUUCAAAUUAUUCGAGUUUUCAUGAAUCUAGCUGAUCCAAACAAUUUUCAACUACAGGACAUUAGAACCGAACCGGAUGUCCCAGACUUUAGAGAAUUCGCUGCGACUUGCAAUUUGAAAGGAAUUGAAUUUCUCGAACAUUUUCUAGGCAAUAUCAAACAAAUCGUACUGAAUAAGUAAAGAAAUAAAUUUAGGGGCUCAUUAAAGAGAACGAGAUAUUUAAAUGUAUCAUAAAAGUUAAAAUAAGUAAAAUGAAAUAAAUCACGUUCAUUAGAAUUGUAAUUCAUUUUUUUUAUAUAUAAAA